AUGGGGAUCAAAGGGUUAAACGAGGCCCUGGCAGCUGUCAGCAUAUGGAUGGGGGAUGUGUUGGUGUCAGAUGACGGGCCCUACUCUAAGGGCAACAAGGACUCUGGAGGGACCGACCAUGCCUCCAGGAGACGCAGUAUUGCAGAAGACUACCGGGGUGUGACCACCGUGGACCUGAUAAAGAGGGAGGGCAGCAGCCUGGGCCUCACCAUCUCCGGGGGGUCCGAUAAGGACGGCAAGCCCAGAGUGUCAAACCUACGGCCAGGUGGGCUAGCUGCCAGGAGUGACCAGCUGAAUGUGGGAGACUACAUCAAGUCUGUGAAUGGCAUCAACCUGUCCAAGCUCCGCCACGAUGAGAUCAUCAGCCUGCUGAAGAACAUAGGGGAACGUGUGGUGCUGGAAGUGGAGUACGAAUUACCUCCCUUUGUCCAGAAUGCUCCCUCGGGUGUCAUAUCUAAGACCAUAGAGGUGUGCCUAUACAAGGAGGGUAACAGCUUUGGAUUCGUCAUGAGAGGAGGGUUCCAUGAAGACUGGCACAGGUCUUGUCCUCUGGUAGUGACCUACGUACGGCCCGGGGGUCCUGCUGAUAGAGAGGGCACACUGAAGGCUGGUGACCGCGUGCUGAGCGUGGAUGGGAUGCCCUUAAACCGAGAGAAGCACGCUGACGCCCUCACUAUGCUGAUGCAGUGUAGCCAGGAAGCCCUGUUCCUGAUUGAGUAUGACGUCUCCGUCAUGGAGUCUGUGCAGCAGGCCUCUGGCCCCCUGCUGGUGGAGAUAGUGAAGUGUCCUGCAGCCAGCCUGGGUGUCAGCCUGGCUACUGCAGUGUACAGGAACAAGCAGGUCAUCAUCAUUGACAAAAUCAAACAGGCCAGUGUGGUGGAGAGGUGUGGGGCAUUGCAUAUAGGUGAUCUUCUCCUGUGUAUAGAUGGGACCAGUACUGAGCACUGUUCCCUGAUGGAGGCCACACAGCUGUUGGCCCAAACCUCUGACGUUGUUAAAUUGGAGAUCCUGCCAGCCAAUCAGAGCAGACUUCCCAUGAGACCUCAAGACACAGCUCUGGUGUGUGGUGGCUUCUCCCCUUCCUCCACAGCCACCUCAGGGUACAGCAGCAGCCAGGGCAGCAACACCCUACCCUGCCCCAUCCCAUCCACCAGCCCCCGUAGCACCACAAAUAAGAGACGCCAGAGGAGGAAGGAGCACAAGAGCUCACUGUCCCUAGCAUCCAGCUCAGUGGGCCCUGGGGGUCAGGUUGUUCAUGUGGAGACCAGCGAGGUCAUCCUGAGGGGGGAUCCACUCACAGGGUUCGGGGUUCAGCUGCAGGGGGGUGUCUUUGCCACAGAGACCCUGACCGUUCCCGCAGUCAUCCGCUUCAUCGAGCCUGACAGCCCUGCCGAAAGAUGUGGGUUGCUGCAGGUGGGGGACAGACUCCUGUCCAUCAACAGAAUCCCUACAGAGGAUGGAACACUGGAGGAGGCCAAUCAGCUACUGCGUGACGCCGCUCUGGCCAAUAAGGUCACCCUGGAGAUUGAGUUUGAUGUAGCAGAAUCAGUGGUUCCCAGUAGUGGCACGUUCCAUGUAAAACUGCCCAAGAGGAGAGGAGUCGAACUUGGUAUCACCAUCAGUGCAAGCAAGAGACCUGACAAACCUCUGAUCAUCUCUGAUAUCAGGAAAGGAAGCAUAGCCCACAGGACGGGUACGUUGGAGCCAGGGGACAGGCUGCUGGCCAUCGAUAACGUGCGUCUGGAGAACUGCACCAUGGAGGAUGCUAUGCACGUGCUUCAGCAGGCAGAGGACAUGGUCAAGCUCCGGAUCCAGAAGGACGAGGACAACGCUGAUGAGCUGGAGAUGUCUGGUUCCAUUAUCUACACGGUGGAGCUGAAGCGUUACAACGGCCCGUUGGGUAUCACCAUCUCAGGCACAGAGGAGCCCUUUGACCCUAUCGUCAUCUCAGGCCUCACCAAGAAUGGCCUGGCAGAAAGGACUGGUGCCAUCCAUAUAGGGGACCGUGUCUUGGCCAUUAACUGUGUGAGUCUGAAGGGGAAACCACUGAGUGAGGCCAUCCAUCUUCUCCAGAUGGCCGGAGAGACUGUCACCCUCAAGAUAAAAAAACGACAAGACGGUAUGUAUCAAUCAGAUGUGCAGCAGAUGUCGGAGCAGGCAGGGUUCCUGAGCGACACAGAGGAUGAGCUGACUGACUCUCAGAAGACCAGUAAACAUUCAGGGGUGUACUCUGCCACCGUGCCCAGCAUGGACUCUGCCAUGAGCUCCUGGGACGGCUCCGGCAUCGAUGCUGACUACGGCAGCCAAAGAACGUAUCUCCACAGAGCUGCAGAUUUGACUUUCCAGCCGAAUGAGUGGAGACGCACCAAACCACCCAGGACCCACCUCAACUCCAUCUCCACUGGCCUUAGCGGCCUUACCCACCACUCCCACCUCUACGAUGGGAGAUACACUGAGGAUGACUGGGAUAAGGCUGCUGGAUACGCCAGCCCCCCUAGUUGCCAUGGCACCCUGAAACAGGAGGAUAGCUUCUGGUCCCAGGCGUUGCAGGACCUAGAGACCUGCGGCCAAUCAGAGAUACUCAGGGAGCUGGAGGCGUCCAUGACUGGCAGCACUCUCAGCCUGUAUCUGGAGGAAACGAGGUCCCAGGAUGACUCAGUGCUACAGAGCAGAAUCAGUCCUGUGAAGAGGGGUCCCAUUCAUGACGAGCCCAAGACCAAAAGCAACCUGCAGAGGUCAAACAGGACCAGGGACACACCACCCAGGGGGAGAGGGGAGCCCCAGGAGACCAGCUCCCCUACAGCCCUGGAACUACUGAAGGUGACCCUGAGGAAGGACCCAGACUGUGGAGACUUCGGCUUCAGUGUGUCAGACGGCCUCCUGGAGAAGGGUGCCUACGUCAACAUGAUCCGACCAGAUGGUCCUGCCGACCAGGCCGGGUUGAAACCCUAUGACCGCAUUCUGCAGGUGAACCGAGCAAGGACCAGAGACUUUGACUGCUGCCUGACCGUCCCCCUCAUCACUGAAGCAGGAGACAGCUUGGACCUGGUAAUCAGCAGGACCCCCCUGGCACAGGCAGAUAAUGGGCCGCCUCAGGACUGCGAGGACCCGUCUGAUUCACUGUUGGACUUCCCAUAUUACAGGACCAACAGUAUCGCCCUGUGACCAAGGUCCAGGUGGGACAUUAUGGAUUAAUAGGCACUGCACAUUACACACACUGAUUUUGUUUCAUAUCUCUUGUACAGACACACACACACACAACCACAUUCACACGUGAGCAUACAUGUGUACGUGUAAGUAUUCACACAGACACACUGU